CUCGACUGGCGUCGAGAGCUGUAGAGCUAACACCCUGACUACAUCUCUGAGUCUAGCCUUCCUGUGAGAGAUUGUGCGUGCAUCCAACCCGGAAGUCUCGCUUCGCGCACCUCUACCGCAUUGACAAAAGAGGUCAGCAGAGGCCAUGCGGGCUUGCAGGGCCCGCGUCAUGUCACUCCUAACAUGCUGCACCUUGCGCUCUGUGACCUCCUCAAGCUGUGUACCCGAGAGUGAUCGCUUCAUGUGCCGUAGUGCCCUCAUGUGAUCGGCCCUGGGGAAGCCAGCCACCUCCGUAGCCGAGGACGCAGGUCAACACGGGGGCCCAUACAUAACAAGAGAAGAUUUGUGUCUUCCCCUCAUUCCAUCCCCAGCUUCUUCCAAGGCCAGACCAUCCUCCUCCCCCUCUUUCGAACCCUCGCCGUGCCCACCAUACAAAAAUGGUUGCAGGCACAGACUUCGUUGCCUACGACGGCCCCGCCGUAGGCUCCACGAAGUUCUUCUCAAAGGCCAACUCCAAGCCUGUCUUCUACGCGGCUAUUGCAGUCUUCGGCGCUAUUCUCUACGGUUAUGACGGAACAUACUUCACAUCUAUCCUGGCCAUGGACCAGUUUUUGCGUGACUACGGAACUCUUCAACCCAAUGGUACCUACCUCGUCGAUUCAUCCCGACAGGGUAUCCUCGCCUCAGCUGUGCAGAUCGGAGAGUUCUUUGGCUCCCUCACUGCAUCGUUUAUCGGAGACCGCUACGGCCGCAAGGGAGGUUUCCUGGGUGCCUGCGCCUACGUCACCGUCGGUGUCAUCAUCCAAAUCAUUCCCAAGGGAAGCGUCGCUGCCCUCGGUACUGGACGUGCCAUCCUCGGAAUGGGUGUGGGAGUCGUCAGUAACGCUACGCCACUCUACCUUUCCGAAGUCGCACCGACUGCUAUUCGAGGUGUGGUCGUCUCAAGCUGGCAACUGAUGCUCGCCAUCGGUCAAGUCAUUGGUGCCUGUGUCGGACAGGGAACCAAGGACAUUACCAACAGUGCCGCGUACCGAAUCCCUAUCGGACUCAACCUGGUCAUCGUCCUCAUCAUCUGCCUCGGAAUGCUCAUCCUUCCCGAGUCCCCACGAUGGCUCCUCACCAAGGGACGCGAGGAGCAGGCCAUGGCAUCGCUCAGGAAGAUCAACUCAUCGCAAGAGGACCCAGAGCUCGUCGCCUCAACCGAAUUUAAGGCCUUUGCCCAAGCCCGCCAAGAUGAGCUCGCAGCCCAGGGCGAUGGCGGCUGGGCUUCUAUGGUCAAGGACUCCGUGGAGAGAAGGAAGUUCAUCUGCGUUCUUGGAGUCCUGAUCUGCCAGCAGAUCGGCGGUGUUCAGUUCAUAUUUAGCUACACCACAAAUUUCUUUUUAGCUAUUGGUAUAGACGACGCCUUCCUGGUAACCAUCAUUGUCGACGUUAUUGAAGUCUUCGGCGUACUAUGCUCUUUCCUGGUUAUCCCACGCUUCGGCAGACGUCCGCUGCUGAUCUAUACGUCAAUCCCGAUGGUCAUCUCUCUCUUCGUCUGCGGUAUCCUCGGUUGCAUCGAUAACCGCAACACAAACGAGAAUCGCUGCAUUGCUGCGAUGAUCUGCAUCUACGUAUUCUUCUUCAACGUAGCCUGGGGACCUCUGGCUUGGACCAUGGCCUCUGAGCUCGCCACCGGCCAGAACCGUCAGAAACUCAUGAGUCUGGGAACCGCAUGCUUCUGGGUAAUCGCUUGGGCAGUCACUUUUACACUACCCUACCUGUUCAAUGAUGAACCAGGCAGUGCUGGUCUUGGACCGAAGAUUGGCUUUAUCUACGGUCCAGGAGCGCUCAUUGCCCUCCUCUUCGUCUACUUUUACCUUCCCGAGACCAAAGGUCGAAGUCUCGAGGAGAUCAACGAGAUGCUCGUCUCCCGUGUGCCCACUAGGAAGUGGCAGAGCUACACUACCUCCAUUGAGAAGACGCACGCGGCUAGAGUCGAUGCUGCUGCUGGUGUUGGUGGUGCAGGUCAAGCUCGACCUACCAGUGCGUCGGAUGUGGAUGAGGAGGCGGAUAUGAAGACGGAGGGAGAGGUCAAGAAGGGUGGGGAGCUCAGUGGAGCAAAGGAGACGAUGAAUGCUACGCAUGAUGCUUAGAUGUCGGUUUUUGUUGUCAUUCACGAAGGGGCGACCGGGCGGGCAUUGGAGAGAAGCGAGCGAGGCGAGCGAAUCUCCAAUGCCCCCCCGGUCGCGCGUGCCGCGUAUCGUGUCUUAUUUACCAGUACAUAGAAUGAAGCACUGUGCUCUUGCCGAGAGCACUUGACUUGUCUC